AUGAAGGGAAAAGAAGAAAGAGCGCUCUUGUUUGGUCGUUUGUUUGGGCUCAAUGUUGUUAUAAAGGUAGGGUGGCUCAAGGAAGCAAGUGAAGCGGAGUGGCUUCACUUCAUUGGCGUUUUAACGGACUUAUUAGAUACAAAGCCUUGGAUACGCGAAGCUACUGCUUCUAGUUUAAUUGAUGCCAUCAAGAGUGCCAAUGAGAAAAUAGCCAAUACAAUACACUUGCAGGUCUUGCAAAAAGUGAAUGACCUAGGUUUGAAUCUUUCUACUGAAGGGUUGGCUAUUUAUUUGGCUAUAGAUAGGGUUACGAGAUCAAAGCUUGCUUCUGAGAUUGUUAAACCCAAAACAAAUUGGAAAAAUGGCGAUCCUCUUCAUAAAGGCAACCUACCUGUAUUGGCUAAAGUAUUGAAAGAUGUUGAAAUUGUUGAUGAAAAUUCUGAAGAUAGAAAACAAAAGAGUAAUUGGACACCCAACUUGCCAUUUGUAUGGAAUAUUCUUAUUGAUGAUUUUGUUCAUUGCAAUGAUAAAGUGCAAGAACCACCGCAAAAGAAGCAGAAAAAAAGCAACAGCAGUAAAACUGAAGAUGACAUAAUUGGUUUGAAGGUGUUUUAUAAAGUCGUUGUGGACGAGUCAUUAUUUUCUGAAAAAUCAUCACACGAAAGGAAAUAUUGGGGGUUUGAAAUUUUCAUGAAUUUUUUGGCCAAAUUGGAUCACGACUUGGAUGUGCUAUUCACUCCAAACUUUAUGAGAUGUUUGAUCAACCAGUCAUCACACAAGUCACGUACAUUACACAACAUAGCUGUAAAAGUGUUGUCGGCGAUAUCCGACAAAGGCUCACACUCGAAUGAUACAGCGCCAGUGCUACUCAGUUGCUUGUUAGAUGAGUCACGGGGCGGGUGUUGGAACUUUGAUUUGAUUACAAAAUCUCGCACGAUUGAUGGGAUCUUAUCUGCACUGAAUAUUGGGAACAUACCUGUAAUCGUUGCCAAAUUCACGGAAAUGCUCAAAAGUCAAUCAACUACGGAUGGGUUUAAAUACUCAAACGAUAAUGUGCUCAAAUGGUGUCUUGAUAAGUUGGUGCAUUUGGUCAAGUUUAACAAGGAGGACAAUAUUGUGAAACAAAUUAUUGGGUUGUUGAUAAAGUGUGCCUUUUUUGAGAGCGACGCUUCUCCAAAUAUCAGGAAAAUGGCGCAAGAAAAAUUAAAUGCAGUUCUUUCGGAGGUUUUAUCACGAAGCGGAGAGUCUGGUAUCACAUGGCCCAGGUACUGCGUGGAACAAAUUGCCCUGUUGGAAAAGACUAGUAAGUGUUUGGUUGAAUUUGAUGAGGAAUUGGGGAAAGUGCGCGAUGAAACCAGUGCAAUCUUGCGAUCGGUCUCGACUAGCUCAAAGGGGGAUUUUGAUAACGUCUUUGGUUUACUAUUCUCCAUGUGCUUUAUUCAAUUGUACAUGGGAGAUGAAGAAAUUGUUCAAAUUACACAAGAGCUAAUUUCACUUUAUCAGAAGGAGGUAGAUAAAACAGAGGACAAUGUGGAUACUGCAUUAGUAAUGACGGAGGUUCUCCUUAGUUUCAUUACUAGAAAAAGCACUUUGUUGAAGAAGUUGUCAAUGAUUGUAUGGGAUCAUUUUCUUUGUGGAACUGAUGAAGAGGGACAGUUGCGAAUUAACGACGAAUGUUUUGAGUUGUUAUUUGAUGUGUUGAAGACAAAGGAGAAUAAAGAGGGGCAGAAGCAAUUGUUUGAAAACGAUGAUGAAAUGGUUGUCGAUGGUGAAGAUGAAGAAGGUGACGAAGAUGAUGAUGAGGAUGGCGAUAACGAUUCCGAGGAUGGCAAUAACGAUUCCGAGGAUGGCGAUAACGACUUAGACGAUGGCGAUAAUGACUCUGAAGAUGGCGAUAACGACUCAGACGAUGACUCGAACAACGAGACCGCCAACAACACCAUGACUGACCUCGACAAAGAAACAAAUCUCAAGCUUGCAAAAGCCUUGGGUAUACCCACCGCUGAAUCGGGAGAAGUCAAAUUUGACGAACUUUCUGACCUCGAUUCAUCCAACGACGAAUACGAAAGUGAUUCCAUGGAUGAUGAGCAAAUGAUGGCCAUGGAUGAUCAAUUAUCCAAAAUUUUCAAAGAGAGACAAGAUAUACUAAACAGUGUUAGUUCAGGAAACAAGAGAAAGACGGAAGUUCAUGAAGCACGUGAGAAUAUGAUUUUUUUCAAAAAUAGAGUUUUGGAUUUAUUGGAGAGUUUUACUAAACACCACCCUAAUGCCGAGUACAAUUUGAAAUUUAUUGGUCCUGUUGUGACGUUGAUCAAUUUGACUAUGGAUAAAAGUUUGGGAGUGAAGGCGCAUAAAUUCUUAAAGACUAGAAUUAGCAAGACCAAGGUGUACUCUGCAACCGGGCCAACAAGUAUCCAAGACGUACCAGAGUUCACUCAAUGGUGCAAACAAUUGAUUGAAAAGUUGCAAGAUCAGGCUGCAACUACAAAGUCAUCAAACCAUGCUGUUAUUGCUAGUUACAAUCAGAGUUGCAUCAUCCUUGCCAAGAACUUGAUUGGGGUAGAUUCAUCACAAUUGGAACCGAUUAUUGACAUAUACACCAAUGCCUUGAAGAAAUGGGCACUAAAUAAAAACAACAAACUCCAGGUAUCGUUGUUUUUUGAUUUUAUCAAUUGGCUCAACGAUAAAAGACACAAUUUGAGCGGGCAAUAA